UUUAAUUAAAAGGAUAAACAAUGUAGAUUUAUUUUCACAGCCGCCUUUGAUCAUAUGUAACAAGUGCACACUGACUAGCAUGUUAAAGUUCACGUCAAUAGGCAGAAAGUUUAACUGAACACAAGUGCUGCAUGUUCAGUAUGGGAGGGUAGCAGGUGUUUAUUCAAACAGAAAUAGUUCAAGGGUGUGUGAAUUUUGGAUGAACUAUCCUUUUAAGUAGAGGUGGAGAAAGCACCAGCUCUUCUUAUGAACCAGGAAGUAACUUCUUAAAUUCAUUGGUACUUUGAAACAACACAAGAACUGCAAUGCCAAGACCUUAUCUUCUCAUUCUGAUAUUGGCCAGUGCUCAAACUUCAGUAACUGGUGAAUACAGUAUCAGACUGGUGAAUGGUAGUAAUAACUGCUCUGGGAGAGUUGAGAUCCUUUAUAAUGACCAGUGGGGGACAGUGUGUGAUGAUGGCUGGGACAUUGAAGAUGCUGAGGUGGUGUGCAGACAGUUGGGAUGUGGACGAGCCGUUAGAGCACACUCCGACGCUCAUUUUGGCCAGGGAAGUGAUCCGAUCUGGUUGGAUAAUGUAGAAUGUUCAGGAAGUGAAUCAUUCCUCACACAGUGCUCACAAAAUCUUUUGGGAGACCAUAACUGUGGUCAUCAAGAAGAUGCAGGUGUCGUCUGCUUAAAAGACAUAAGAUUGGUCAGUGGGUCUGAUUCAUGCUGUGGAAGAGUGGAGAUCCUUCAUAAUGGCCAGUGGGGAACCGUGUGUGAUGAUGACUGGGACAUGAAUGAUGCUGCUGUGGUGUGCAGACAGUUAGAGUGUGGUUCAGCCAUCAGUGCACCUAAAAGUGCCGCCUUUGGUCAAGGCAGUGGAUCGAUCUGGCUGGAUGGUGUUGGAUGCUCGGGAGGUGAAGGAAACCUCACACAAUGUUCACACAGAGGACUAGGAGCUCACAACUGUGGUCAUGGUGAAGAUGCUGCUGUUGUUUGUUCAGGUGACCUGCAGCAGCCCACUCUUUCUGUGAUCUCCACAUAUACAGUUGUUUCUCCUGGAGAAAACAUUCAGUUCAGAUGCACAACACCUAAACCAAGAUGCAAUGCUGAUGCUGAAUUCCACCUCUUCAUAAACGGAUCAUCAAUAUCCUCCCAGAAACAUGUUUCUGAUGUGACUUUCCACCUUGUCAAUGUAAGCGUCUCACAUCAGGGCAGCUACAGCUGUAAUUACUCCUACCAAAACGGCACUGUAAUAUCACCUUGGAGUAACACUGUUGACAUCACUGUAGUUAAAUACAGUAUCAGACUGGUGAAUGGUAAUACUGACUGCUCUGGGAGAGUUGAGAUCCUUUAUGAUGACCAGUGGGGGACAGUGUGUGAUGAUGGCUGGGACAUGAAUGAUGCUGAGGUGGUGUGCAGACAGUUGGGAUGUGGACGAGCUGUUAGUGCACACUCCAACGCUCGUUUUGGCCAGGGAAGUGGUCGGAUCUGGUUGACUAAUGUGAGAUGUUCAGGAAGUGAAUCGUCCCUCGCACAGUGCUCACACAGUCCUUUUGGAUUCUUUAGCUGUGGUCAUCAAGAAGAUGCAGGUGUCGUCUGCUUAAAAGACAUAAAAUUGGUCAGUGGGUCUGAUUCAUGCUGUGGAAGAGUGGAGAUCCUUCAUAAUGGCCAGUGGGGAACCGUGUGUGAUGAUGGCUGGGACAUGAAUGAUGCUGCUGUGGUGUGCAGACAGUUAGAGUGUGGUUCAGCCAUCAGUGCACCUAAAAGUGCCGCCUUUGGUCAAGGCAGUGGAUCGAUCUGGCUGGAUGGUGUUGGAUGCUCGGGAGGUGAAGGAAACCUCACACAAUGUUCACACAGAGGACUAGGAGCUCACAACUGUGGUCAUGGUGAAGAUGCUGGUGUUGUUUGUUCAGGUGACCUGCAGAGACCCACUCUUUUCCUGAUCUCCACAAAUGCAGUUUCUCGUGCAGUUGUUUCUCCUGGACAAAACAUUCAGUUCAGAUGCACAACACCUAAACCAAGAUGCAAUGCUGAUGCUGAAUUCCACCUCUUCGUAAACGGAUCAUCAAUAUCCUCCCAGAAACAUGUUUCUGAUGUGACUUUCCACCUUGUCAAUGUAAGCGUCUCACAUCAGGGCAGCUACAGCUGUAAUUACUCCUACCAAAACGGCACUGUAAUAUCACCUUGGAGUAACACUGUUGACAUCACUGUAGUUAAAUAUAGUAUCAGACUGGUGAAUGGUAAUACUGACUGCUCUGGGAGAGUUGAGAUCCUUUAUGAUGACCAGUGGGGGACAGUGUGUGAUGAUGGCUGGGACAUGAAUGAUGCUGAGGUGGUGUGCAGACAGUUGGAAUGUGGACCAGCUGUUAGUGCACACUCCAACGCUCGUUUUGGCCAGGGAAGUGGUCGGAUCUGGUUGACUAAUGUGAGAUGUUCAGGAAGUGAAUCGUCCCUCGCACAGUGCUCACACAGUCCUUUGGGAAACCAUAACUGUGGGCAUCAAGAAGAUGCAGGUGUCGUCUGCUUAAAAGACAUAAGAUUGGUCAAUGGGUCUGAUUCAUGCUGUGGAAGAGUGGAGAUCCUUCAUAAUGGCCAGUGGGGAACCGUGUGUGAUGAUGACUGGGACAUGAAUGAUGCUGCUGUGGUGUGCAGACAGUUAGAGUGUGGUUCAGCCAUCAGUGCGCCUAAAAGUGCCGCCUUUGGUCAAGGCAGUGGAUCGAUCUGGCUGGAUGGUGUUGGAUGCUCGGGAGGUGAAGGAAACCUCACACAAUGUUCACACAGAGGACUAGGAGCUCACAACUGUGGUCAUGGUGAAGAUGCUGCUGUUGUUUGUUCAGGUGACCUGCAGCAGCCCACUCUUUCUGUGAGCCCCACAUAUACAAUUGUUUCUCCUGGAGAAAACAUUCAGUUCAGAUGCACAACACCUAAACCAAGAUGCAAUGCUGAUGCUGAAUUCCACCUCUUCAUAAACGGAUCAUCAAUAUCCUCCCAAAAACAUGUUUCUGGUGUGACUUUCAACCUUGUCAAUGUAAGCGUUUCACAUCAGGGCAGCUACAGCUGUAAUUACUCCUACCAAAACGGCACUGUAAUAUCACCUUGGAGUAACACUGUUGACAUCACUGUAGGUGAAUAUAGUAUCAGACUGGUGAAUGGUAGUAAUAACUGCUCUGGGAGAGUUGAGAUCCUUUAUGAUGGCCAGUGGGGGACAGUGUGUGAUGAUGGCUGGGACAUGAAUGAUGCUGAGGUGGUGUGCAGACAGUUGGGAUGUGGACGAGCUGUUAGUGCACACUCCAACGCUCAUUUUGGCCAGGGAAAUGAUCCGAUCUGGUUGGAUGAUGUGGGAUGUUCAGGAAGUGAAUCGUCCCUCACACAGUGCUCACACACACUUUUUGGAAACGAUGACUGUGGUCACGAAGAAGAUGCAGGUGUCGUCUGCUUAAAAGACAUAAGAUUGGUGAAUGGGUCUGAUUCAUGCUGUGGAAGAGUGGAGAUCCUUCAUAAUGGCCAGUGGGGAACCGUGUGUGAUGAUGACUGGGACAUGAAUGAUGCUGCUGUGGCAUGCAGACAGUUAGAGUGUGGUUCAGCCAUCAGUGCGCCUAAAAGUGCCGCCUUUGGUCAAGGCAUUGGAUCGAUCUGGCUGGAUGGUGUUGGAUGCUCGGGAGGUGAAGGAAACCUCACACAAUGUUCACACAGAGGACUAGGAGCUCACAACUGUGGUCAUGGUGAAGAUGCUGGUGUUGUUUGUUCAGGUGACCUGCAGCAGCCCACUCUUUCUGUGAUCCCCACAUAUACAAUUGUUUCUCCUGGAGAAAACAUUCAGUUCAGAUGCACAACACCUAAACCAAGAUGCAAUGCUGAUGCUGAAUUCCACCUCUUCAUAAACGGAUCAUCAAUAUCCUCCCAGAAACAUGUUUCUGGUGUGACUUUCAACCUUGUCAAUGUAAGCGUCUCACAUCAGGGCAGCUACAGCUGUUAUUACUCCUACCAUAACGGCACUGUAAUAUCACCUCGGAGUAACACUGUUAUCAUCAUUGUAGGUGAAUAUACUAUCAGACUGGUGAAUGGUAAUACUGACUGCUCUGGGAGAGUUGAGAUCCUUUAUGAUGGCCAGUGGGGGGGACAGUGUGUGAUGAUAACUGGGACAUUGAAGAUGCUGAGGUGGUGUGCAAACAGUUGGGAUGUGGACCAGCUGCUAGAGCACACUCCAAUGCUCAUUUUGGCCAGGGAAGUGGUCCGAUCUGGUUGGAUAAUGUGGGAUGUACAGGAAAUGAAUCAUCCCUCACACAGUGCUCACAAAAUCCUUUUGGAAACCAUUACUGCGGUCACUACGAAGAUGCAGGUGUCGUCUGCUUAAAGGACAUUAGAUUGGUCAAUGGGUCUGAUUCAUGCUGUGGAAGAGUGGAGAUCCUUCAUAAUGGCCAGUGGGGAACCGUGUGUGAUGAUGACUGGGACGUGAAUGAUGCUGAUGUGGUGUGCAGACAGUUAGAGUGUGGUU